UCACAGCCAGCCAUGUCACGCAUGAUUUUCGGCGACGAGGUCUAUGGUCCAGGGUCCUGGAUCGACGGCGAUGCCCUUCCUGUCCCGGACGAUGCACGUCGACUCCUUAAAAUCCUUGCAGAUGCGACACCUGGGUUUACCAAAGACCCAGCAGUGGUAGACGCAGUGCAAUUUGCAGGUUCUCCUACGCCGAUAACGCCUGGCCCUUUGAAAUCAUCAGUGAUUGCUAGCGCUUUGCAUGCCAUAAGCGGCAUCGUCGCCAACGAAUUGCUCGAAUCAAGAGAUGGCCCGAGCCCCAAUCGAACUGUAUCGGUUGACACAGACCACGCUGCAUUUUGGUUGGGAUGCGUGGGGAUGAGCAAGCGCAACGGCAAAACGGUGCGUGAACUUGCAAAAGAUGGCGAGCUGGUUUCCAUUUUUCCCAAGGACCUCGAGGGUGGCAUCUUUGGUACUCCGCUUAGACGACGCGCCACCGCCAAUUACCAGACCAAGGAUGACGGCGUCUGGUUUCAACUGCAUGGAUCUUUGAAUUCAGAUCCAGUGCUGAAGACUAUCGGCCUAGACCCAUCACAAGACUGCGCAGACAACGACGAAGCAUACCAACUUAUUUCCGAAAAGGUUCGCAAUUUUGGAGCACACGAGCUGGAAAUGAUGCACCUGGUUCAAGGCCUCUGCGGAAGCAUUUGCUACACUCCGGCUGGGUGGGAGCAGACGCGGAUGGCCAAAGACUUAUCCAAGCACCCUCUAAUCAAUUGUAAGCAGCAGACACAUGCUCUCCCUACGCCGGCCAUUCCCCUGCCAAUCUCUGCUGAUAAGCGACCCCUGGCGGGCAUCAAGGUGGUGGAGCUUGUUCGUAUUAUUGCGGGUCCUGUGAUAGGGACGACAUUGGCCGCUUUUGGAGCGGACGUUAUCCGAGUCAACUGUGGACGAUUGCCAGACUUCAACUCACUACAACCCACGCUCAACGCUGGUGUUCGAACCAUAGAUGUUGACCUAUCCAAGGAUGAAGAACUCAAGGACUUGUUCAAGCUCAUUGAAGACGCCGACGUUUUCGUACAGGGUUACCGGCCCGGGGUAAUUGCUCGAAAGGGCCUCGGUCUUGACAAUCUCCUGGAGAUGGCCGGUAAGAGAGGCAAAGGCAUCGUAUACGUAGAGGAAAACUGCUACGGCCCAGACGGACCAAUGGCCGAGCGACCUGGAUGGCAACAAAUCGCCGACGCUGCAUCUGGCUGUUCCUACGUUACGGGGCGAAGCUUGGGCCAUUCGGAUGGCACUUGUGUCCUACCCGCAUUGCCUGUGCCGGACAUGCUUACAGGAUUGAUCGGUGCCAUCGGGACAAUGAUGGCCAUCAGAGAUCGCGCGCGGCUAGGUGGUUCCUAUCAUGUGUUCGCCUCUCUGAUGACUGCUGCAGCUCUUCAUCUGAAGCCCGAAGUCGGACUGUACUCCCCGAAGGUGGUAGAGGAGUGCAAUCAAAAGUUCAAGUGGGACCAUGCUGGUCCAGAUCUAUUUGUACUUGAGCUUUUGGACGUGGUGCUGAAGGGCUGGAAGGAAGCUAUACCAAAUUUUUCUGGUCAAGACUCGCCGUACGUGUCUACUCUGAAGGGUGACUGGGGUGAAUUCGAAGUCCUUAAGCCUGUCGUGCGACUGAGCGAACCAAAGGCCUCGCCAUGCUUCUUGUCAGCGCCUGAACCCAAUUGCUAUCGCAACAGCGAUGCCAUCGCGUGGAAGUGA